AAUACAUCGUACAUUUGAUGAUAGCCCAAAGUGAAAAAGCAAUACCUCUGGCAAGGGAUUAGGCUUGGUACGUGGAUUAGGUGCCCGGAGCUACCUCAUUAUACUGUAUCUAGUAGGUUACUGGGGUCCUACAGUAACUUGGGAAACAGAAACCUCAACGUUCGCCCCACUUCUUUGUUUACUUGAUAUCUGGCUGGUGGAAAGAUGGCGGGGCCAUGGUUCAAUUGAGCAGGUCCGGUUCAGCUCUCCGCCUCAUCCCUCAUUCGAGACUAAUGAAAUACUUGAAAGUCCUGAACAAAGACAGCAACACAAAAUCGUGUGACCAGAAAGCUAGGUACCUUACACCUAGCAACGACAAACCAGAGCCGAAUCUACUACAUUCGGAUCACUGUGCUCGCUGCAAGAUUACUUAGGGGUACCUGGCCUUCCUGCUUCAAUCCAACGGAAUCAAAAUGUCAUCCAACGAAGACAACAACCAAGCCAAAUCAUCUACAAGCGUAGAGGAUCCCAGAGGAGAGCUCACGGCGCAGCUGGAAGAGUUGCUCAACACGCUAUCCAACAAAUUCGCCGGUGUGUCUAGUGAAAUAUUCGCAAAGAUGGAUGAGAUGUCCCGGAGGUUAGACAACAUCGAGGCACAGUUGUCGACACAGCCACAGGAUAAUCAAGGGGGCUCAAAAUGAUAGAGGGUUCAACAAUAGAUUGGUUUACGGAUGAAACUGGCGUUGCUCCGGUUGGCAGACCGUCAUUAUGGCUUUAGGGGUUUUAUGUCACGUCAGCGCAUCGCAUCAUCUUCUGGCAGGUCUGGACAGGAACAGAAUAAUUAACAAUCCUUGAUAAACUCGGUUUUUUCAUUCAUCAUAUCGCCAGGUUCAUAUUAUUUAUAGCCUAGAUUAUAUGAUACAACCGAAUCGAACA